AAUUUCAAUAAUUUAGAAACAAGUGUUUGAUUCAUUUAGAAAAUUUUGAUGUGAAAGUGUUUGAAAUUAAGAAUCGAAAAGAAUAUAUAUAAAUAACUUUUAUUAAACGAGUUAAAAUAUCUCAAAUCGCUGGCUACCAUUACCCACCUUUAUUAUCCUUCAAUGAAAAUGGAGGAUCCGAACCUCGCUGAUCAGUAUGUACAGGAAUUUGUACUGGAACAUUUGGAGGAUGGUACCUCGGCCGUUGGUGUUAAACGUGAAGAUCAUAGUCCUGUAGCGGCGACGGCGGCCAAAAUAACCUGGACCACCGAACCCUCAGCUGUGGCCGCGGAAGAAGACGAAACGGCGGUCGAGCCUUUGAUAAAAAUGAGAGCUUUCCCGCCCAACUGGUCGCAUAUGGACGAAAGAAGACUGCAGCCAUUAUCGCCGCCACCAGAAAUCUACACUCAUGGUCCCAUGGCGGGACAGGCGAUAUUGGUGAAUACCUCUGUACCGGGCGGAGUACCUUCUACACCACCUGAAACUCCCCCUGUUAUAGGCUCACCCACAGGCAGUACUUGUACCCAGGUAUACUCUGGAGUUCCUAGUUCCCAUUAUGCCACACACCAUCGGCCACCACCACCCAGUGCCGGUUUGACUCAGGAAAUGAUGUGGCUGCCGAAUUCUAUGAGAUCAGAUCCCCAACCUCUAGACUUAAGACCUUUGGCGGGUCCCUCACAAGACGAGGAAUGGGAAAGGCACCGGGAAUACAUGCAAUCGGUGGCGGCGGCUAAUCAUCAUAAUCAUCUUAUACAAACACACCAUCAUCAUCAUUUCCAGACAAUAGAACAUUUGACGCCCAUCAAUAUGCACUCCUCGCCCUAUCACAAUGGCAUCAUAACCAACGGUCAGGUCAAUAAUACCUCCUCCAUUAUACACACCAAUCCCAAUCAUGUCAGUAAUCAUGUCAACAAUCGGCCACACUCGGUCAGUUCAACAAGAUCUUCCACCAAUUCCCCGCGCACCUGUUCAGGUCAAUAUUCCACCUCAAGUAAUUUGGGUUUAGACGACUGCAUAGAUGAUGAUCUCUUGACUACACUAACGGUUAGAGAAUUGAAUAAACGUUUGCAUGGUUGUCCACGUGAAGAGGUGGUUCGACUGAAACAAAAACGUAGAACACUUAAAAAUCGAGGUUAUGCCCAGAAUUGCCGCUCAAAAAGACUGCUACAACGCCAUGAAUUGGAAAAAACCAAUCGUCAAUUGAAUCAAGAUCUGCAUCGUUUAAAAUUGGAAUACACACGGGUUUGCCAAGAGCGUGAUCAAUUGAAGCAGCGUUUACGUGGUAGCAGUGCUGCCUCUUCCCAAAAUGGUCCCGUAACGGGGACAUCCUCAAGUGUUAUUACCCUAAAUGGUGGUGCUGCUGGAGCCGGAGGUGGUGGUCCUGCUCAUCAAUUGAAUACAGAAAAUCAAAGUUCACCGGAGUUUUAUCUCUGACGUCAAUUAGCAGCAGCUGCCAGUCAUCAUCACCAUAAUCUUCAUCCUCAGCACCAUUCAUCGCAUUCGCAUCAUCAUCCGGCACAUAGUGCCGCUGCUCAUCAAUGGUCUUCUUCAUCAUCUUCGGCAUCUUCAGCAGCCUCGCGUUAUCAUCAACAUUUAGCGCAACAUGUUCAUCCUCAUGUGCCGCAUCAUCAUUCUGCAUUGCAGCAGCAACAACAGCAGCUUCAGCCUUCCCAGCCAACGGUGGUGACAGCGGCGGUAAACUGAGUUAAGUUGCAUAAGUAUACUGAGAGCUUUAAGUUUAGAAAAUUAGAGAUUUAAUUCAUUAUUUUUAAGUUUUAUUUUUAAAUUCUUUUUUUCAUUUAAUUUAUUUUCUAAG